ACACAGACACUCACUCACAGACACACACUCACUCGCACACUCACACCCACACACUCACUCGCACUCACACACUCUCACUCACUCACUCGCACUCACACACACUCACACACUCUCACACACUCUCACUCACUCACACUCACUCACACACAGACACUCACUCACAGACACACACUCACUCACAGACACACACUCACUCACUCACACUCACUCACACACGCACACUCACUCGCACACACACUCACACACACUCACUCACUGACUCACUCACUCGCACACUUACUCACUCACUCGCACACUCACUCAUUCACACACACUCGCACACACUCACUCGCACACACUCACUCGCACACACACUCACUCACACUCACUCGCACACUCACUCACUCGCACUCACUCUCACUCACUCACACACACUCACUCUAACUCACUCACACGCACACUCACACACUCGCAUACUCACUCACACACGUGUUCACGCACACACACGUGUUCACGCACACACACGUGUUCACGCACACACGUGUUCACACACACGUGCACACACACACACGUGUGAAGUAGAACACCAUAGACCACACACACGUGAGUGUAUAUACGUUCGCUAUAGUGUUGAAUUGUAUUAUACGUAAGAUUUUUAACAUAGACCACACCACCGUACAAAGACACGCUGUACAUUCACUACAGUACUUAGUAUCGUCUGUGCCAUACACACACUAACCUACACACUAACCUACACACUAUCCUACACACUAUCCUACACACUAACCUACACACUAUCCUACACACACACGCACACGCAGUAAUCACACGCGGAAUAGUUGACUGCACUGUGGAUGAGCACACGCGCGCAGCCUGGGAGGGUUGGCGCGUUACAAGUGUCGAGCAGAGUGCGGCGGGGAUAUGUUGGCGACUUCCCUUCCGUGUCUGCAGCACACACCAAGACACACACACAGAUAGACACGGACACAGAUAGACACACACACAGAUAGACACACACACCAAGACACACACAGAUAGACACGGACACAGAUAGACACACACACAGAUAGACACACACACCAAGACACACACAGAUAGACACGGACACAGAUAGACACACACACCAAGACACACACACAGAUAGACACGCACAGAUAGACACACAAAUAGAUAGACACACAGAUAGACACACACACAGAUAGACACGGACACUGAUAGACACACAGAUAGACACACACACCAAGACACACACACAGAUAGACACACACACAGAUAGACACACAGAUAGAUAGACACACACAGAUAGACACACACACAGAUAGACACGGACACUGAAACACAGACAGACACAUAAACACAUCACACGUUCAUACACAAAGACACGCGUACAUAAACUCGCCUACAAACUCUGACGCAUACACAAUAGACACAAUCCGUAGGCACAUACACGCACACACAAACUUACAAAGAUACUCUUAGACACACGCACACAUCAACUCAGACAAAUGCAUAAGCAGUGCAGGCUGUAACACAACACACACAACACACACACACAGACACAACACAACACACACAGACACAACACACACAACACACAUCAAACACAACACACACAGACAGCACAACACACACACAGACACAACACACACAGACACAACACACACAACACACAUACACAACAUACACAGACACAACACACACAUACAGACACAACACACACAACACACACAGAGACACAACACACACAGAUACAACACACACAACACACACAUACACAACACACACCACAUAUACAACACAACACACACAACACAACACACACAGGUGUAACACAACACACACAACACACACAGGUGUAACACACACACACAGGUGUAACACAACACACACAACACAGACACAGAGACACAAUUUAUGCGCCAAGACGAUGACCGACAAGAUGUCCAGCUUCCUGCACGUGGGGGACGUGGUCUCCCUGUACGCCGAGGGGACAGUGACCGGCUUCAUCAGCACCCUGGGGCUCGUAGACGAUCGAUGCGUCGUGCAACCUGCAGCCGGGGAUCUUACUCGGCCUCCCAAGAAAUUCAGAGACUGCCUCUUCAAGAUAUGCCCGAUGAAUCGCUACUCCGCGCAGAAGCAGUUUUGGAACGCGGCCAAGGCCGGGGCCAACACCGACCCGGCUCUUCUCAAGAAGCUCCACCACGCCGCGGAACUUGAAAAGAAGCAAAACGACACGGAGAACAAAAAGCUGCUGGGAAACGUCGUUCAGUACGGAAACGUGGUGCAGCUGCUGCACAUGAAGAGCAACAAGUACAUGACGGUGAACAAGCGUCUGCCGGCGCUGCUGGAGAAGAAGGCGAUGCGCGUGAUGCUGGACCCCUCGGGCAACGAGGGCUCGUGGUUCUACAUCCAGCCCUUCUACAAGCUGCGCGUGCCCGGCGACAACGUGGUUGUGGGAGACAAGGUGGUGCUGAACCCCGUGAACGCCGGGCAGCCGCUGCACGCGAGCACUUUCGAGCUCGUGGACAAUCCCGGCAGCAACGAGGUGAAUUCGGUGCAGUGCGACACGAGCUGGAAGAUCACACUCUUCAUGAAGUACAGCGACAACCAGGAGGACAUCCUCAAAGGGGGGGACGUGGUGCGUCUCUUCCACGCGGAGCAGGAGAAGUUCCUGACGUGCGACGUCUACAAGGAGAAGAAGGAGUACGUGUUCCUGCGCACGACGCUGCGCGAGUCCGCCACCUCCGCCACCAGCCCCAAGGCACUCUGGGAGGUCGAGGUGGUGCAGCACUGCCCGUGCCGUGGUGGCGCCGGACACUGGAACACGCUCUUCCGCUUCAAGCACCUGGCUACGGAGAAAUACCUCGCGGCAGAGAUCAACCCCGAUUACCAGGACGAAGGCAGUGUGGCUUCCCCGCAAACCCCCGUGGAGACGGAGUUUCCGCCGGAGGGCCCGCGGACGCGCGCCCGCCGGCGCCAGGAGCACAUCCACUUCACGCUCAUCUCGGUGCCGCACGGAGACGACAUCGCCUCCAUCUUCGAGCUGGAUCCCACGACGCUGCAGCGCGGGGACUCGCUCGUGCCACGCAACUCGUUUGUGCGCCUGCGCCACCUGUGCACCAACACGUGGGUGCACAGCACGUUCAUCCCCAUCGACGCGUCCGAGGAGCGCCCCGUCAUGCUCAAGAUCGGCACGUCGCCGCUCAAGGAGGACAAGGAGGCGUUCGCCAUCGUGCCCGUGUCGCCCGCGGAGGUGCGCGACCUCGACUUCGCCAACGACGCCUGCAAGGUGCUCGCGCUCGUCUCCGACAGCAUGGAGAAGGCCGACCUCACGCACAACGAGCGCAAGUUCGUCACGAAGCUGCUGGAGGACCUGAUCUUCUUCAUCGCCGACAUCCCCAACAACGGGCAGGAGCCCCUCAAGGUGGCCAUCUCCAAGCCCAACCGCGAGCGGCAGAAGCUGACGCGCGAGCAGAACAUCCUCAAGCAGAUCUUCCGGCUGCUGCAGGCUCCGUUCUCGGGGAACGGGCGAGAGUCGCUGCUGCGGCUGGAGGAGCUCUCCGACCAGAAGCACGCGCCCUACAAGUACAUCUGCCAGCUGUGCUACCGCGUGCUGCGCCACUCGCAGCAGGACUACCGCAAGAACCAGGAGUACAUCGCCAAGCAGUUCGGCUUCAUGCAGAAGCAGAUUGGCUACGACGUGCUGGCGGAGGACACCAUCACCGCGCUGCUGCACAACAACCGCAAGCUGCUCGAGAAGCACAUCACGGCCGCCGAGGUGGACACCUUCGUGAGCCUCCUGCGCAAGAACCGCGAGCCCAGGUUCCUGGAGUACCUGGCCGACCUGUGUGUCUCCAACCACACGGCCAUCGCCGUCACGCAGGAGCUCAUUUGCAAGUCGGUGCUCAACCCCACCAACUCGGACAUCCUGCUGGAGACCAAGCUGUGCCAGAUGACGGCCACGAACCAGUACUGCGAGGUGUGGCUGUACUGGCGCGACUCGGAGAAGUCGCCGCACAGCAAGUCGGUGCGAGCGCUGGCCGAGAGCUCGCGCACCUUCAACGCCGACGACGACGAGAUCCUCGUCUACUACAGGUACCAGCUGAACCUCUUCUCGAGGAUGUGCCUGGACCGGCAGUACCUCGCCAUCGACCGCCUCUCCUCGGAGCUGAGCGUCGAGCUGAUCCUGCACUGCAUGUCGGACGAGGGGCUGCCCUACGACCUGCGCGCCUCCUUCUCGCGCCUCAUGCUGCACCUGCACGUGGACCGCGACCCCCAGGAGCCCGUGACCCCGGUGCGAUACGCGCGCCUCUGGUACAAGGUGCCGACGCGCAUCACCAUCAACGACUACGACGCGUGUAACGGGACGUCGACUGCGGAGAGUCAGUCUCGCUUCAAGGAGACGAUCGCCUUCGUGGAGGACUACCUGCGCACCGUCGUCGACCAGAGCAACCCCUUCUCCGACGGCGACAAGAACAAGUUGACCUACGAGGUGGUGAACCUGGCCAGGAACCUCAUCUACUUCGGCUUCUACACGUUCAGCAACCUCCUGCGUCUCACCAAGACGCUGCUCGCCUUCCUCGACUGCGUGGAGACCUUCCCGGCCUUCGCCGGCGAUCGCCUGGGCAAGCACGGCGGCGGCGGCGGCGGCGGCGGCGACGUUCCCAGCGCGAGCCGCGUGAUGCGCUCGAUCCACGGCGUGGGGGAGAUGAUGACGCAGAUGGUGCUGAGGGGCGGCACCUUGAACGCGGCGGGGCAGGGCGGCCACGGCACGGACGUGGCGCGACGCAAGCCGGUGGGCAACGGCAACGGGGAGGACGAGGACAUCACCGUGAUGGACACCAAGCUGAAGAUCAUCGAGAUCCUGCAGUUCAUCCUCAACGUCCGCCUGGACUACCGCAUCUCGUGCCUCCUCUCCAUCUUCAAGCACCAGUUCGAGGAGAACAGCAGCCCCGUGGUGGAGGAGAGCAUGACCGAGCUGACCUUCCGCGAGCCCUCCGGUCUUGACCUCAAGAGGAUUGGAGAACAGGCAGAAGCAAUAUUUCACGGAAGCGAUGAGAACGCGCUGCUCGACCUGGACGGCCACGGGGGGAAGCUGUUCCUGCGCGCGCUGCUCAACCUCACGAUGCACGACUACCCCCCACUGGUGUCCGGAGCCCUGCAGCUCCUCUUCAAGCACUUCAGCCAGCGCCACGAAGUUCUGGAGGCCUUCAAGCAGGUGCAGCUGCUGGUGACGACGCAGGAAGUGGAGAGCUACAAGCAGAUCAAGACCGACCUGGACCAGCUGCGUCUCAUGGUGGAGAAGUCGGAGCUGUGGGUCUACAAGGGCCGCCAGCACGCCAAGCUGUCGGAGAUGCGCAGCAGCGAGGAUCACAAAGAGGACUCCAAGGACACCAUCAAGAAGAGCCCAAGACGUCAACCAUUAAAGUGCGGAGCGAGCAGCGUCACGGAGGAUGUGGAGGGAGGAGCGGCGCUGACGCCCGGCACCGACAAUUACGAGGCCAUCAAGACGAUCCUGGUGCGGCUCAGCCUGCUGUGCUUGCAGGAGAAGGGCUCGGUGCGGCGCAACCGCAAGCAGCAGCAGCGGCUGCUGCGCAACAUGGGGGCCCACUCGGUGGUGCUCGACCUGCUCAAGAUCCCCUACGAGAAGAACGAGGACGGCAAGAUGCAGGAGCUGAUGAAGCUGGCGCACCGCUUCCUGCAGAACUUCUGUGCCGGGAACCAGCAGAACCAGAGUCUGCUCUACAAGGACAUGAGCCUCUUCCUCACUCCUGGGCUGCUGGAGGCGGAGACGAUGCGCCACAUCUUCAUGGACAACAUCCAGCUGUGCAACGAGGUGACGGAACGCGUGGUGCAGCACUUCAUCCACUGCAUCGAGACGCACGGCCGCCACGUGCAGUACCUGCGCUUCCUGCAGACCAUCGUGCGCGCCGAGGGCAAGCACAUCAAGAAGAGCCAGGACAUGGUCAUGGCCGAGCUGGUCAACGCCGGCGACGAAGUGCUGGUGUUCUACAACGACCGGGCGUCGUUCGGCACGCUGGUGCAGGCCAUGCGCCUGGCGGGCGACCACGUGGAGGACCACGACGGCCUCAUCUACCACAUCGCGCUCGUCGAGCUGCUGGCCGCCUGCACCGAGGGCAAGAACGUCUACACGGAGAUCAAGUGCAACUCGCUGCUGCCACUGGAGGACAUCGUCCACGUGGUCACGCACGAGGCGUGCGUCACAGAGGUCAAGAUCGCGUACGUGAACUUCCUGAACCACUGCUACGUGGACACGGAGGUGGAGAUGAAGGAGAUCUACAGCAGCAAUCACAUGUGGACCGUGUUCGAGAACUUCCUCGGCGACAUGGACAAGGUGUGCAACAUGGUGCCGGACAGGCGGCACGCCAACACGGCCCUGGAGAAGUACGUCAUCGACGUCAUCAUGAACAUCGUCACCGCCUUCUUCAGCUCGCCCUUCUCCGUGCAGGCGACGAGAAUACAGACGCGGCAGCCCAUGUUCGUGCAGCUGCUGCAGAAGUCGUUCCGCGUGUUCAGCUGCCCCUGGCUGACGUCGCAGCAGAAGCCCGCCGUGGAGACCUGCAUCCGAACGCUCUCCGUCGUCGCCAAGAAUCGCUCCAUCGCCAUCCCCGUGGACCUGGAGGCGCAGAUCGCCCAGGUGGUGCAUCCCAACCCACAGGCGUUGGUGCACAAGACGGCCAUGAGCUGGCGCAACAGUGCGCGGACGGGCACCCGCAAGGAGUCUCUGCUCUCCACCUCCAACCGGGACUACCGGCAGGUCAUCGAGCGCUUGCAGGACAUCGUGCAGUCGCUGCAGAGCCGCAUGCGCUCGCUGAUCCAGGCGGAGACGUCGGUGCUGGUGGACGUGCUGCACCAGCCGGAGCUGCUCUUCCCCGAGGGCUCCGAAGCUUUCCAGCGAAUCGGCAACGGCGGCUUCAUCUGCAAGCUCAUUAGACACACGAAGCAGCUGCACCGCGAGAACGAAGACCUGUGCAUCAAGAUCUUGCACACGCUGCAGGACAUGAUGCCUAGCGGAGGCGCCGACGCCUGCGCCGCCGCUGCCCAGGAGGCUUACUGCAGCUUGAGCCGCAAGCACCAGGAGGACCAGAAACGGGGAGAGGAGCUGAGAGAGGGACUGCUCGCUUGCUACUACGGGGAGAAGACGGGCAGUCAAGCUGGCCCCACGGUGCCACAGGUGAGGGCCCACAAGACCUUGGCCAAGGUGCAGGUUCACCUGGACAAGCAGGGCGCCUCCGACCUCGUCAUCGACCUCAUCAUGAGCACCAAGAGCCAGCGCAUCUUCCAGGAGAGCAUCGUGCUGGGCAUCGCGCUGCUCGAGGGUGGCAACACCGUGCUGCAGCACUCCUUCUACUGCCUGCUGACGCAGCAGAACCGCUCGGAGAAAUUCUUCCAGCGCUUCCACGAGCACAUGCGCGCCGCGCAGCUGGAGAUCAAGGUGCUCGUCACCAUGAACACGUCAGAGCUGGGCCAGAGGACCGACGAGGAAGGCGGUGGCGGCGGUGGCGGCAGUAGCAUUGGUGGUGGCAAUGGGACCCAGAUCAUGCCCGCUCGCAGCAGGGCUCGAGUGCGGGGGCAGCACAAGUCCCAGAUGUCCGACCGUGCCCGCAAUCAGCUGGAAGAGGCGGCCGUGGCCACGCGCGGCGCCUUUCAAGCCGUGCGCCGUGCCGACGCGGAGGAGGCGGCCGCCGCCGCCGCCACCGGGAUCGGCGGCAGCACCAACAGCAGCACCGACGCCGGGCCGGGCGAGGGAGGGGGCGGGGGCGGCGGCGGCGGCAGCGACGGAGGGGGCGGCGGCGGCGGAGGCGGCGGAGUGGGAGGAGAGGCGGAGAUGAGUGCGGCCAUCGCCAUCAUGCAGCCCAUCCUGCGCCUGCUGCAGCUGCUGUGCGAGAAUCACAACCACGAGCUGCAGAACUUCUUGCGGCACCAGAGCAACAAGACCAACUACAACCUGGUGUGCGAGACGCUGCAGUUCCUCGACUGCAUCUGCGGCAGCACCACGGGCGGCCUGGGCCUGCUGGGCCUCUACAUCAACGAGCGCAACGUAGGCCUCAUCAACCAGACGCUGCAGAGCCUCACCGAGUACUGCCAGGGGCCCUGCCACGACAACCAGAACGCCAUCGCCACGCACGAGUCCAACGGAAUCGACAUCAUCACGGCGCUCAUCCUGAACGACAUCAACCCACUGGGCACCAAGCAGAUGGACCUGGUGCUGGAGCUCAAGAACAAUGCGUCCAAGCUGCUGCUCGCCAUCAUGGAGAGCAGACGGGACAGCGAGAAUGCUGAGCGCAUCCUCUACAACAUGCGGCCCAAGGAGCUGGUGGACGUGAUCCGCAAUGCGUUCAACCAGGAGGAGGAGAUCUACCCGGGCCAGGAAGACACGGUGUCCCCCAAGGAGGUCGGCCACAACAUCUACAUCCUGGCUCACCAGCUGGCGCGGCACAACAAGGAGCUGCAGGCGAUGCUGAAGGCCCCGGUGGACGGCGCCGCCGGAGAGGACGACCCCCUCUCGUACUACGCCACCAACACCGCCCAGAUCGAGAUCGUGCGUCAGGACCGCACGAUGGAGCAGAUCGUGUUCCCCGUGCCGGGGAUCUGCCACUACCUGACGCGGGAGUCGAAGGCGCGCGUGUACAGCUCGACGGAGCGCGACGAGCAGGGCAGCAAGAUCAACGGCUUCUUCCAGGUGUGGGAGGAGCUCUACCGCGAGAUGGAGUGGCAGAAGAAGCUCGAAGCCAAGAAGUACCUCUCGUGGAUCUCCAAGAACAUGACGCUGUGGAGCAGCAUCUCGUUCAACCUCGCCGUCAUCAUCAACCUGCUCGUCGCCUUCUUCUUCCCCUUCGACGGCAGCAAAUGGACGCUGGAGUCCUGGCCCGUCCCCCUCCUCGCCGCCACCGCCGCGGCGCUCGCCGUCGGCGUCGCGGCCUUCCCCUCCCGCAAGGCGCUGCGGCUGCUCAGCGUGCCGGCCAUCGCCUUCUUCAUCUUCACACUCGGCCUCGAGGCCACCGUCAUCCUCCUGGGCUCGGCCAACGUGUGCAACAAGCUGGUCUUCCUCGCCAGCUUCGUGGGCAACCGGGGCCGCUUCGCGGGCGGCUACCGCGCCGUCAUGCUGGACGUGGAGCUGCUCUACCACGUCGCCUACCUCCUCAUCUGCGUGCUCGGCCUGCUCGCCCACCCCUUCUUCUUCAGCCUGCUGCUGUUUGACGUGGUGUACCGCGAGGAGACGCUGCUGAACGUGAUCAAGAGCGUGACGCGCAACGGCCGCUCCAUCGUGCUCACCGCCGUGCUCGGCCUCAUCCUCAUCUACCUCUUCUCCAUCGUCGGGUUCCAGUUCCUCAAGGACGACUUCAUCCUGGACGUGGAUAAGCUGGCGGAGGCCAAGCCACCAGCCGGAGACUCGUCAUCGAGGUUCAUGUCCGAGUUCUGUGACGCGACGGACGAGUCCUGCGUGGUGGCCGGCGCCCACCAGCGAGAAGGAGGAGCAGGAGGCCGUCUCUUUGAAGCACGAGACGGCGGUACCAAGGAGGAGGAGGGGGGGGAGACGGAGAAGUCGUGCGAGACCCUCAUCAUGUGCAUCGUCACGGUGCUCAACCACGGCCUGCGCAACGGCGGCGGCGUCGGGGACGUCCUCCGCAAGCCCUCCAAGGAGGAGCCCCUGUUCGCCGCCAGAAUCAUCUACGACCUCCUCUUCUACUUCGUCGUCAUCAUCAUCGUCCUCAACCUCAUCUUCGGCGUCAUCAUCGACACGUUCGCCGACCUCCGCAGCGAGAAGCAGAACAAGGAGGAGGUGCUCAAGAACAGCUGCUUCAUCUGCGGACUGGAGCGGGACAAGUUCGACAACAAGACGGUGUCGUUUGAGGAGCACGUGAAGGUGGAGCACAACAUGUGGCACUACCUCUACUUCAUCGUGCUGGCACGCGUCAAGGACCCCACCGAGUACACGGGCCCCGAGAGUUACGUCGCCGACAUGAUCGCGGAGCAGAACCUGGACUGGUUCCCGCGGAUGCGCGCCAUGUCGCUGGUGAGCAGCGACGGCGAGGGUGAGCAGAACGAGCUGCGUGGCCUGCAGGACAAACUCGACUGCACCAUGAAGCUCGUCUCCUACCUCUCCAGCCAGCUGUCCGAGCUCAAGGAGCAGAUGACGGAGCAGAGAAAGCACAAGCAGAGGAUCGGCUUCAUCACGAACAGUCCCCACAUGAACCCCGGCGAGAGCGCGCAGAUGGCGGCGUGAGAUCUCAGCCGGUGCCGGCACCACCAGGGCAGCGCCAUUGUCGGCGUCGCCGGCGGCGGCGACGGCACUAGCCACCGGCGCUAUAUAGGAACCACUGCCACCGUGCCACCACUACCAGCACCAGCACCAUCAACACUAUCGCCAGCACCGGCACGACCAUCGCCCCCACCAACAACAACCAUCGGCAACCACACCAACAACCACAACAACAACCACAACAACCGCUACCGCCGACACGACGAGUAGCAGCAGCAGCGGUACCGCAACCGCAAAUACACAAACAAGGGGGCAGCCUCAAGGGGAGUCUCCGAGUGGACGAUUCGGCUCCGUCGAGCGGCAACGUGCCCGGCACUGCCACGACGCUGUG